AUGACCUCUUCAAACCCAGCCUCGCAACCGCACUUGCAGAUAUUCAACUAUCUUCGAACAUCUGGGAAUGAAAACUCGACGUUCCCCAGUUUCUCCCUACUGCCCCCGGAAAUCCGCAGUCAAAUAUGGUGCCACGCGUUAAAACGGGAGCGCCUGAUUAAAAUCUAUUUCCAGAAAGAUUAUCAUUUCACGCCACAGCGACCUAAACCAGAUGGCGAGAUGCCGCGGUAUCAGAUUAUGGUUGAUAGACGAAAAGCAUUGAGCACGUUGUUAAGAGUCAAUCAAGAAUCACGACAGACUGCGCUGCAGUUUUACCGGGUGAAGAUCCUAUGCAAAUUCAGCUAUGCUCCAGAAGAUGAGUACGUCUACGAGGCAAUUAGAAAGUCGGUAAAUGCAAAACCGGGGGUUUUAUACUUUAACCCUGAAUAUGAUUUCCUGGAGAUUGCAUCCGAGUCAUGGAGAGGGGACGAUCUGUUUGACCUAGCAUAUGUGGCCGCGGUAGAUGACUAA